AACUAACUUCUAACUUAUUUUCACCGGUUGGCAUUCCCUAAUGAGUUAUUCAGAGGUAAAUAGGCUAUAAGUUGAAUAAAUUCUCAAAUACUAGACUUGGUUGGAAAUUGCAGAAGAAGAGAAGAGAAUUUUGCAAAAUAAGCAUUAUCACGAAGUGGAGACUCUAGACUCACGGGCCUCACCUCCUCUUGCUUCCUGGCCGGCAUUUAAACCGUAGACUCUUCUCGUGCCGGGCUACCAUAAUACAUCGCGGACAUGACCAUCAGGCUGCAGUUACUUCUGCUGGGGUUGGUUGCAAGUUGCGCUGUGGCUGACGAUGUGCUGCAGUUAAAUGAUGGGGACUUUGACAGUAAAACAGCGAGUCACGACACAGUGCUGGUUAUGUUCUACGCUCCGUGGUGUGGACAUUGUAAGAGACUGAAGCCAGAGUUUGAAAAGGCUUCUACCACUUUGAAGAACAAUGACCCUCCUGUCAUCCUAGCAAAGGUUGACUGCACAGAGGAUGGAAAGGACACGUGCAGCAGGUUCCAGGUGUCAGGCUACCCUACCCUCAAGAUCUUCAAGGGAGGUGAACUGUCCUCAGACUACAAUGGUCCACGAGAAGCCAAUGGUAUUGUCAAAUACAUGAAAUCACAGGUUGGGCCAGCCUCUAAGGAGUUGACCUCCAUUGAAGUGGCUCAGGCCUUCCUUGCAGCACCAGAGGUCAGCGUUGUCUACUUUGGAGAGGACUCGAAGCUGAAAGAUGCAUUCCUGCAGGCAGCUGACAAGCUUCGUGAGACAGUGAGGUUUGCCCACUCUGUUAAGGCUGAAGUGGAUGAGAAAUUUGGACACAAGAAUGUUAUUGUACUGUACCGUCCCAAGCAUCUUGACAACAAGUUUGAGCCAUCCUCUGUGGUCUAUGAAGGACUUGAGGAUAAGACUGCUAUCCAAGCCUUCAUCAAGAAGAACUACUUUGGCCUGGUGGGGCACCGCACCCAAGAUGCUGCUGGGGAGUUUGUGCCUCCCUUGGUGGUGGCUUACUACAAUGUGGAUUAUGUGAAGAAUCCCAAGGGCACCAACUACUGGCGUAACCGUAUCCUUAAGGUUGCCAAGAACUUUGAGGACUUCAACUUUGGCAUCUCCAGCAAAGAUGACUUCCAGCAUGAACUCAAUGAAUUUGGUGUUGAUUAUGUUGCUGGAGACAAGCCAGUGAUCUGUGCACGUGAUAUUAAGUCACAAAAGUUUGUCAUGAAGGAAGAGUUUACAAUGGAGAACUUUGAGACUUUCCUGACACAGCUUUCUGCUGGGGAGCUUGAGCCAUACCUCAAAUCUGAGGCAGUUCCCACUCAGGAUGGCCCUGUUACUGUCGCUGUUGCCAAGAACUUUGAUGAAGUUGUCACGAACUCUGAGAAAGACAUCUUGAUAGAGUUCUACGCUCCUUGGUGUGGCCACUGCAAGAAAUUGGCCCCAACCUACGAUGAGUUGGGCGAGGCGAUGAAGGAUGAGAAUGUUGCCAUUGUGAAAAUGGAUGCAACUGCCAAUGAUGUUCCACCAUCCUUCAAUGUUAGAGGAUUCCCCACAAUUUUCUGGAAGCCAGCUGGAGGUUCCCCAGUUUCAUAUAAUGGUGGCCGGGAAUUGGAUGACUUCAUCAAAUAUAUUGCCAAGGAGGCCACUACAGAACUCAAGGGUUGGGACCGCAAGGGCAAGGCCAAGAAAACCGAGCUGUGAGGUGCAGGGCUAGCAGGCUGUGUGAGAGAAGGGAACAAUAGCUGGUCCAAAGUGUGAAGUCCAAUCUCGUAAGUUAAGUAGCUGAUGAAAGAUUAACUAGUACAGCAAAUAGGAGAACGAAUAGCCCCUGUAUUCAACAACCUAAAAACAACCUUGAAUCAGUAUUGUAGGCAGAAUGAGCAGGGUGUGGCUGACGUGAGCAGUGGUUGAUGAGGUAUAGGUGCCUGGAUGCAAGAGUGAGUGAGUGAGCUAGCAAGGAAGUGGUAGAUAUAGUUAUGAAUGAAUGUUUGCAAUCAAUAAAAUGUUUGUUGUUAAAGUCUUUGUGAGGAUGAAUUCUUGCUGAUUGUUUUUCCUUACAAUCACAAUGCUGUAGUGUCUCUUCUUGGAUGAAUGCACAAGUUUCUGAUACCAUCUUUCAGUUAAUAAAUUUUGUAACAUA